AUGACAGAGGGUUCUAUCGACAGCACUGUGCUGGGGAUCUCUGAGGGUUCUGGGUGGAAGGUGUUUUUCAGAGAAGGAGACCAACUUGGCCAGCUGAAGGGGAAGUUCAUUCCUGGCGUAGCCAUCACAUGGCAGUCGGUUUGGAACAUCCAGGAUUCUGAGCCAGCUUGGGAGACAAGAAAGGGAUUUGCCUACACAAUUAGUCUGUUGAGUUUUCAGUGCAACCCACACUACAAGAUCAUCCUAAAGGCCAACUCUGGGUCAGGGACAAGAAAAUCUGCUGGCUCUAGGAAGUCGGUCAAAAGAAUCCAAAAGUGGCCAUUGAAGAGAGUACACCCAAGAAACAAAGCAAAUGAAGCAUCCCCGCAGGUUGUGGUGGAAGAGGUGGGCAGUGAGAACUCAGAAGAGGCCCUGUCUUUUGAGAAGGUGGACUCCAGGGCAAAUAUAAACAUUCCAUCUGAGGACCCACAGAUCGAGCUCGCUGGCACCAGAGGAGACAUAAUUCCAUCUAUGUCCAAGGUGGCCUCAGGAGUCAAGACAGAGAAGUGGACAUACAACAUCCAGUAUCCCUCCAGUGAUGAGGAGGAAGACUCCGCAGGGGCAUCAGCCAGACUCACCUGCACCCUGAGCAGUGGCUUCAGUGUCACUAGCUACAGCAUACGCUGGUACCAGCAGAAGCCAGGGAGCCCUCCCCGGUACCUCCUGAGCUGCUACUCAGACUCAAGAAAAAUGCUGCACAGACAGUUGCCUUGGCCCCUGCAGACCUGCCUUAGGGUCUUGGAAGACAGAUUCCUGGGAGAGAAUCCCUGGUCGCAGUAUCCGUCUGACUAUUAUUUCAAGUCUGUGGAGAUUAGACAGGAAACAAAGAUUUCCCCAGACAACUCUCCAGGAAUGCCCCUGAGGGCUUCUCCUGUCACCUCCCCGUCCCUAGGAAGAAGAGAUCCUGUUCUCAGCACUGCAGGACCCACAGCCGGGACAGCUCUGGCCACCCGGAGGGACCACAUAUGAGGAAAGGACCUGGAAUCCUCCACGGCCAGGGAAGGUCCUGGGCCCAGUCUGGGCUGACUCAGCCGCCCUCGGUGUCUGGAGCCCCGGGGCAGACGGUCACCAUCUCCUGCAGCAACAUCCAG